GUCCCCCCCACCAUCACCGUUACACAGAGGAAGAAAGGGGGAGACGGGAAACCUGUACUGAAAGCUUUCACACAAAUAUGAGCAGCGGCGGGCGGGCCAGGGCCGGCUCAUUUGCUGAGCCUCCCGGAGCUCCCGGAUCUGCUGCAGCCGGUGCCGGAUCGGCAGUUGCCGGCGGAAGCUCCACAGGAAAAACUGGGGCUUCACAAGCCAGUGGAAGCAGCUCGACGAGCUUUGGGAAUUUGAAACUGUCUAGAGACAGUGGCAAAGUGACAACAGUGGUAGCCACACCUGGCCAGGGCCCAGAUCGCCCACAGGAAGUGUCCUACACAGAUAUAAAGGUUAUAGGAAAUGGCUCAUUCGGAGUGGUCUACCAGGCGCGCCUCAUUGACACUCAGGAGAUGGUGGCAAUUAAGAAAGUUCUCCAAGACAAGAGGUUUAAGAAUAGGGAGCUGCAAAUUAUGAGGAAAUUGGACCACUGCAACAUUGUGAGGCUACGUUACUUUUUCUACUCCAGUGGAGAGAAGAAAGACGAGGUGUAUUUGAAUCUUGUGCUGGAUUAUGUCCCAGAGACAGUGUACAGAGUGGCUCGGCACUUCAACAAAGCCAAGACCACCAUCCCCAUCAUCUAUGUUAAGGUGUACAUGUACCAGCUGUUCCGCAGUCUGGCUUAUAUCCAUUCCCAGGGUGUCUGUCACAGAGACAUCAAGCCUCAGAACCUCUUGGUAGACCCAGAGACGGCCAUCCUCAAACUUUGUGACUUUGGCAGUGCAAAGCAGCUAGUUCGAGGGGAACCAAAUGUGUCCUAUAUUUGCUCACGGUACUAUCGUGCCCCAGAGCUCAUAUUUGGUGCCACUGACUACACAUCCAACAUUGACAUCUGGUCAGCGGGCUGUGUGUUAGCUGAGCUGCUGCUGGGACAGCCCAUCUUCCCUGGGGACAGUGGUGUGGACCAGCUAGUAGAGAUCAUUAAGGUUUUGGGGACACCAACGAGGGAGCAGAUCCGGGAGAUGAACCCUAACUACACAGAGUUUAAAUUCCCACAGAUCAAAGCACACCCUUGGACAAAGGUCUUUAAGCCUCGUACCCCACCAGAGGCUAUUGCCCUUUGCUCUCGACUGCUGGAAUACACACCCGUGACCAGACUGUCUCCGCUGGAAGCGUGUGCGCACGCCUUCUUCGACGAGCUGCGCCAGCCCAACACCCGCCUGCCCAGUGGACGAGAACUGCCACUCCUCUUCAACUUCAGUCCUGUUGAGCUGUCUAUCCAGCCACAGUUGAACUCCACACUCAUUCCUCCUCACGCUCGUGCACAGACAUCGCCUGCCUCACAUGAGGGCAGUGUGUCAGACAGUACCGCCCAGCCCAGCUCAGCACCUGGAUCCAUUAACAACAGCACCUGAGCAUCCAUCCCUCUGUUAUGUUUUUUGUUUUCCCUAUUUUCCUUUUCUUUCUUCUGCUUCUACCCCUCUCAACUUUUCUCUUGGCUCCAAACUAAACACAACCACAUGAACGCUCGGCAUUGUUAUUUUCCCUGAAUGUAAACUUUUUCCAGUAGAAAGCAGAGCCUGCAGCUGCUCGCCUCAGGAAGCUGUGGGUUGUUUUUAUUACAUGCUGGUAGCUGCGGUUGGACUUAAUAUGUGCUGCAGUUUUAAGUCCAGGUUGGCCUUUGGUGUGGCCCACUAGAAGAACAAAAGCUAAUGUUGUUUGGGUAGGAUGUUGAGAAGUUGAAGAGGACGUCUUUACAUACUUUGUGGAUUUUUUUGUAUUAAAAGUUGACUUUUAUCCCUUUUUAAGUUAAUUUUAUUUGCAUUAACUACUUUUACAUGUGGCCGUGUUGCCAUUGAUUUGAAUGGCAAUUGACUGUGGAGUUGGAAUAAGGGUAGCGUGCAAGGCCCAAUGAAUAUUGACAAUCAUACUUGGUAGGGUAAAAAACAAAAUUGCACACUUGCGGUGUUUGUAAUGUUUAAUUGUAGCUUAACAGUCCAGUGUGUAGCCUAGAGGCUCUACCAUUUCUCUCUGCCCUGAACUCUAUUUAAAGUGUCAAUUCUCCAAGCCUGCUGGUGAACAGAUGCUAAAAAUGAUUUUGGUCCCCCUGUCUGAUACCAGACAGGGCGUGUCAUUUUAGAUAAGAAGUUCUUUUAAAUGUUUUGCUUUUCAGUAUUAGCUCUCUAACUUCCUUUUUAUGUAAUCGACAGGAAGAUUUAUGCGAGCAGAGUGCACACACGUUUGAUUUUCUCGUUAUAAGCUUUCGUUGGUUAAGCUGGAAACCCAGUGUUUCCUAUUAAUUCUCCUGUGAGUAUUGCACAUCUCCAAAUGGAGUGGAAGGAAGCGGGCCAGUUAUGUGUCCAGCUGAUAACUUCACACAGAGGGAGCUGCUGAUGUGGGACUCCAGAUUCAUCUAGUACAGAAACCUCAAUGUCUCAGAAGUGUCUCAACACACUUGUCUAGCAUUUCAGAAUGACUAAUCACCUCAUUAAUUAUGUUACUGUAGAGCAGUGUUUCUCAAUCCUGGUCCUCAGGGACCGCCGCCUUAUAUGUUUUAGUUCUUACCAGCUUCAGCACAACUGAUGCAGAUUAUUUGAACUGGUCAUCAAGUUUUUUUGCAAGAAUUUUGCUAGACAUUCAUUUGAGUCAGGUGUGUUAAAUGGUAGACACCUCUAAAACAUGUGGCCGUCCCCGAGAUCCAGGAUUGAGAAACUCUCCUGUGAAGUCACGUUUCAUAUCAGGUUGAUUAUGUUAAGGAAUGGCAUCAGUGUGCAGAGGUACUGAGAAACUACUGCACGCUUUACUCGUCAUUUCAGCUGUUCGUUUAGUGAGAGUGAGUUGCUGAAGCCCUCUUUGCUUCUUUCAGAGCAUCCUGCUUGUGACACUUUUAUCAUGUUCCUCUAUGUCUGAAAUGGUGGUCAGAACUUGUCUUGUUUGAUUUACGCAGCUAAAAGUCCGCUGUCGGCAUGAGCUAGUUUACUUUCUUUCACCACGCAAAGGUGCAUGUUCAGUUCAAGCAGAACCCACUAAUGUCAGUAAUAAUCCAACCAGACAUUAGCCUCAAACCCUUAAAACCCAACAGCUUUUUGGAGCCUCCCCUUCCAUUCGUCUUCAUCUUCAUCCCUCUGCCUUCCUCUUCCCUCUCCUCCUUUUUUUUCACUGCUAUACUGUAAAUAUCGAGUACCUUUUAUUUUAUUUUGUUAUUUUUGUUGUUAUUGUUAUUAUAUUGUUCUUGUAAUUUUCUUUUCUGUAGUAGACCGGUGCAGCAGCAGCCGGGCUGUUUAUCUUCAGUCGCAGUCUGUAAAUACAAUUUCAUUUCGGUCCCUGAUUCAGGAGGGGAUAAAACAGAACAAAAUGUCUAAUUUUUAUUCUCUCUCCCUCCAUUUCUCUCAUCACAAUUUUCCCUUGUCCCCUACUAAUGUUGUCAUGGCUGUUUUUAUUUAUUGUGUUGCGUUUUUUGAGGCGGUGUUGGGGGAUCUUUUUCAUUGGAUAAAAUUUAGGGUUUUUACUUAUAUUCUGUAAGUCCAGGUUUUAGUCCAGUGUUCUUGCAUACAAAACAAUUUCACAUCCAAGAUACUGUACUCGAAUCCAAAUGUUUGAGUGUGCUUUUCAAUCAGUGGUCUUGUAUGGAUGCAGGUGAAUGUGCUAGCCAACUGGUGGGACUCCAGUUUUCCAUUAAACUUCAAUGUGAAGGGAAUGUUACAAACCCCUUGAUCUAUGGGGUUGUCGUGUUUGGGCUGGGGAGCACAGAUCACCUUGUGUGUGUGUGUUUGAAGGAAAGGGGGUAAAUGAAUAAAUUUUAUCAAAAAAAAAGUAUCAUCUCCUUUGUCUGACAGGUUCAUUUUUAUUUUAUUUUAUUUUAUUUUAUUUUUGCUAAACUGUGUUGUAUGAGUGUAACAGGUUCAGCCUGUCCAUAUAGUGUGUGUGUGUGUGUGUGUGUGUUACAGAUGGCACGAUUAAUUUUUGUUUUUUUUUUUUUUU